GUUAUUGACAAAAGUACAUGAAAAAAGGUAUGGAACGCGGUUAUGCCGCAUGGUUUUUAAAACAACGUGAAGUUAUUCAUUUACAAGAUAAUUUUUAAAGUGUUAAGCAAUAAUGUCUACAUUAUUAGAAGUAUUAGUGACGUGCGAUUCGAAUAAUACCCUAUGGAAUAGUUGUGUAUGGGACCCUCAUACCGGUACCAGCUUGAUGACUUAUAAAGGUGGUGGCACAUCGGAAUCUCGAACUCUAUCGUUCAUUGGAAAAGAUUAUUUGGCUGCUGUUGAGAAAACUAAACCAGUACUACAUAUUUGGCCUUUGAAUUCACAUCAAACUGUUCAAGGCAUGCGUUUCAUUCUGCCGGGUAAAGCCAGUGCUCUUGCGAUAUCUACUGACGGACAUUAUAUUAUUGCUGGUAUCGAUGAAAAAAUUUACAUAUGGCAGACGGCAUCUGGGAAUUUGCUGACUAUAAUAAAUCGUCAUUAUCAAAAAAUUACCAUGUUAAAAUUUACACCAGAUGGAAAGUAUUUUGUAUCGGCUGCUGAAGACGGAAUGGUCAUGGUGUGGUCCUUGUCAACAGUAGCCAGUCAUCCUGAAGUGAACCUCGUGACCCAGUUAUCUGCGGGGCAGCAUGAUCCUAUUUAUAUAUUUUCCGAUCAUUCACUUCCAGUCACUGAUUUAUGCAUAAGCAAGACUGGCAUGCAUGGCCGUUUGUUCACCAUAUCAAGUGACAGAACUUGUAAGAUAUAUGAUUUAGCGUCAGGAGAAAUGCUGCUCAAUUUAGUCUUAGAUGUACCCCUUUCCUCAAUCACCUUAGAUGUAUUAGAAUUGAAUGUAUUUAUAGGCACUACUGAGGGCAAUAUUCAUCAGAUAAGUCUAACAAAUCCACCAAGAAGUCGAGACCUGCUGGUGAAUACAGAGACUGAUUCUCUCACAUUUUCUUCCCACACAAAAGCUGUAAAUUGUUUAUCUGUGUCAUUGGAUGGUGAGACUUUAAUGUCGGCGUCUAAUGAUGAGCAAGUCAUAUUGUGGCAUAUUCCAAGUCGACAAGCAGUCAGAACUAUAAGGCAUAAAGGGCCUGUCACUAAUGCGUUUUUCACAGCUAACUAUCCAGCAAUUUAUACACAGGAUUUCUCACCAAGUAUUAUUUUGCACAGUUUAGAAAGAACUUUAGAAAAAGAUGCUGAUGAUAUCACAGAGAUUGAAGUUUUAAUCAAUAAAAAAAUCAACUUCUGGCCUGAGCCUGAAAAAAUUGUUACAAUUAAUGAACCAGUGAAACAAGUUAAUCCUAUACAAAAUUCCAGUGAUCGUAAGCUGCAGGCAGAAAUAAAUAAUUUGAAAACAAUCAAUGCUAAUUUGUACAAAGUUUCUAUUCAGAAGGCCUUGGAGUCUCUUCCUGUAAUCAAAAAAUUUAAUAAGAAGAAAAAGAAAUGAUUUUGAAAUAUAUAACAUUUACUUAA